GGAAGUUGCCGAACAGUCUUUGGCUGCCCUCCGGAAGUUGCCGGCUUGCCCGGCGGGUUUGAUGCCGUUCCCCGAGCGGCCACACUAACCUGUUCGGAGAAACCCGCGCCAACAUGAGGGGAAACGUGAGGAUUUUACUGGUGGGAGAACCUAAAGUUGGCAAAACAUCACUGAUUAUGUCCUUGGUCAGCGAGGAGUUUCCCGAGGAGGUGCCAGCACGUGCAGAAGAGAUCACAAUCCCUGGGGAUGUCACGCCAGAGAGAAUUCCCACUCACAUCAUUGAUUACUCAGCCUCAGAGCAGACAGACGACGAGCUCCAAGAAGAGAUUAACCGGGCAAAUGUGGUCUGUGUUGUGUAUGAUGUAAACCAGGAGAGCACCAUUGAGAAGAUCCGAAGUAAAUGGAUUCCUUUGGUAAACGGAAGUUCGGAAAGUGGUAGCAGGAUUCCAGUGAUCCUGGUGGGUAAUAAGUCAGAUCUCCAGGGAACCAGCUCCAUGGAAAUGAUCCUUCCCAUCAUGAACCAGUUCACUGAGAUUGAGACUUGUGUGGAGUGUUCGGCUAAGAGCUUGAAGAAUAUUUCCGAGCUGUUCUUCUAUGCACAGAAGGCUGUCCUGCACCCAACAGCCCCACUGUACAGCCCAGAGGAUAAACAGUUGAAACCUUCAUGCAUCCAAGCACUGACCCGGAUCUUCAACAUCUCCGACCAGGACAAUGACGGAAUUCUUAGUGACACAGAGAUGAACUUCUUUCAGAAAUACUGUUUCAGGAAUCCACUAUCAGCACAGGCUUUAGAAGAUGUUAAAUCAGUGGUGUGGAAGAACACUACUGAUGGGAUCCUGGAUGAUGGACUGACUUUAAAUGGUUUCCUCUUCCUGAACACAUUGUUCAUCCAGCGUGGAAGACACGAGACCACCUGGACUGUCCUUCGCAAGUUUGGCUACGAUGACAACUUGGAACUGACAGACGACUACCUCUAUCCACCACUCCGUGUUCCCUACGAGAGCACAACUGAGCUGAAUCAGCGAACCUACCUGUUCCUCCAGCGCAUUUUUGAGAAGUACGAUGUAGAUAAUGAUGGUGUCCUCUCUCCCACUGAGCUGAAGAAUUUAUUCAGUGUGUUCCCUUACUUCCCCUGGGGCCCUGAGGCCUUCAACACGGUGUGCACAGACAAGAGGGGCUGGAUCACCCUUCAUGGUUACCUCUGCCACUGGACGUUCACCACCUAUCUGGAUGUACAUCGUUGUAUUGAGUACCUGGGGUACCUGGGCUACACUACCGUUAUGGAGGAAGAAUCUCAAACUGCAGCCAUCACAGUCACUCGGGGGAAGAAGCUGGACCUGGAGAAGGGUCAGACCCAGAGGAAUGUGUUCCUGUGUAAAGUGAUUGGACCCAAGGGCACUGGCAAAACGGCCUUCCUGCAAGCAUUCCUGGGGCGCAGCCUGCAGAUGCAGAGCGAGAUGGGUGGAGAUCUCUGUGACUUUACAAUCAACACGGUGCAUGUCAACGGGCAGGAUAAGUAUUUAAUUCUACACGAGGUGGACGUUGACACUGAGUUUUUGAAAGCCUCCAAUGCUACCUGUGAUGUGGCUUGUCUGAUGUAUGAUAUCACGGAUGCCAAAUCCUUCAACUACUGUGCCAGCAUUUACAAGGAGCACUACAUGGAGAGCAGGAUACCCUGUGUGUUUGUGGCGUCGAAGGCUGACCUGCCUGAACAGAGGCAGGAGCAUGGGAUCACGCCGCUGGAGUUCUGUUACAAGCACAGGCUCCCAACUCCUUUCAACUUCAGCUGCAACAACGAGGCAGCGGCCAGCUCACAGAUCUACUCCCGCCUCGCACUCGUAGCUGCGUUCCCCGACCUGAACGAAGCAGAGCUCAGCCCGUCUUCCUUCUGGCUGCGGGUCACACUCGGAGCCACGGUCACCACCUUCCUCGCGCUUGCCCUCUACAAGGCACUGGCCCGACACAAGUAACGGGGUGGAGAUUGGCUGGAGGUCCCAGAGACGAAGCUUUGUGAGGAGGACAGGUGGCCCAGGGCCAUUUGGGGGGGGUGGUGCUGUGUGGAGGGGCUGGAAUGAGCGAGCAACAGAGCCACAAGCGGAAGAGCUGAAAAAGUAGCUCGUGCUGCCAGGAUUGACCAGAGGCAGUGAGACUUACUUCUCCACAACAGUCAGCACCAUCUUGUCUCGGGGUUUGGACUCCUGCGCUCCAUCCGUGUCUCCUGGUCAGACUGCUCGUUUUUUGGUGAUUUAUUUUUUUAAGACACUUUUUAAUCUCAGCAUUGAUUGUAAAGUCCUCUUCAGUGUCGGGCUUUUCAGGAGUGGUUGAGAACCCGGAAGUUUCCUACACUAUUUUUGUACAACACUUUACGUCUGUGUCCAUAAUUUGUAGUGUAUUUUUUCACUUGUGUUCAUCUUUUUCAGUGUUGUUUGGGUUAGAGACUGGACGCCACAGGAGGGUCAAACCUAACUUUGCACUGACGUUGUGCCCUUGCUUACUGGAUGAAGUGUGUCCCUUUUGUAGCAGAGAAUGAAUGUGUUUCUCCCCUCUCCCCUCACUGGCUCGAGUGUCUAUUUUUUCCCUGUCUCACAGUAUCCCUAAACAGCUGCCUCUGUUUACAGUUUCAAUCCUGGCAACAGCAGGUUCUAUUGCCAACACCUGGAGUCCAUGACCAAUUUGCUGCUGUUCGGCACUACCUGCACGUUGUUCAAAACUGGUUGAGUGUAGAAAGCUUCAGAAGUCAUGAGCAUCUGCGGAGAGACCGUCGGUUCAGAUCCUGCCCUUUGUACUGACUGGGAUUUUUCCUGAUUGUUGCUGAUGGUUCUGGUCUCAUUUACACUAAUUAAUCUUCAACCCUCAACUGAGUCUUCAACUGUGGUUCACACUCUAGGGAUUGGAGAAGGCUAUUCAGCCCUUUGAACCUGUCUGUCAGUUGAUUAGGCUGAUCCCAGCUGAUCAGUCUGUUGGUUUCAUUAAUUUGUUGAUGUUGAACAGGCAGAAGGUGCUAGUAUCAGCUGCAAGAUUCACUUAAUGGAUACUCCUUUUCCUGGCCAUACAGUACUUCCUUAAAAAUAUUUUUUUAACUGUAGUAUCGUUUAACUGUUGUAGGGUGUACAUUUUUGAUUAAAAAGGUAUUAAUAUAUUGUGGUUGUGGUUCAGAAGCCGAGUGCCUAGCACUCUGAUUGGUAGAUUCCUGCUUCUAAUCCUUAAUGGACAGAGUGCCUAUCAGCUCACACCCCACUGAUUUGUUCUCCCUCACCUGUCUUACUGUGGGAUGUAUUGGAUGAAGAAUCAAAUUUUGAUAUCAGCUUCUUGUUUCAGUGGGUUAGUGAUCUGCCCCUGUGCCUUGUUCAUAUCAGAGGAAAUGGGACAGAUGUGGGCAGGCGCAGUCCCCCACAAAGACUAAGAACACCAUGAGAAGUUUUCUUCAAUGAAUGUCUGGUCCAUUCUCCUGCCCUUGCAUCUGACAGCAGAGCACGUUGUGUCAUCCUUUGUGGAAUCCCUGAAUCUGCCUACUGGCCUUGGGAACCCAGUGUCUGACCACAGGUACCAGGUACAGGAUGAGGCCGGGUUCAAGAGCUGCUGUUAUUUAAGCUGUCACUCCUGCCUCCAUUCAGAGUGUGCUGAAAUCCAUUCACUCGUAUGUAAACAUUUCUGAGAGUUUUAAUAGAUUUUAUGCACCUGUCUUUCAAAGGAAAUAUAUUUUUCAGAUUUUAUCUCCUUGUGUUGUAUGGCGACGCAGUUGGAGAGUGAAAAGGUCUCUCAACUUCUGAGGGCAGCAGGGGAAUUUCAAGGGAAGCUAUCCUGGUGUUGCUGACAAUGAAACUACCAGGUUGUCGCAAGAUUCUGAUGCUGCAAGUAUUAUCUGUGGAGAGUAAUAUAAUUAAUGUUUCAAGUUAAAAACUUUUAAAAUGAAAAACACAGGUUCGUUAUUGUCCUUCGUCCUUACCCAGCCCUAUAUGUGUGUGCGUGCGUGCACGCAGUGUGAUUAACUGCCCUCUGAAAUGCCUCAUUUACUACCCUCUCAGUGAUGGAUACAAUAAAAGGGGAUCCAAAAGUAUCUGGUGUUCAGUUAUCUUUCCUCAAACUCCUGAGUCCUGUCAUUGGCCUGGUUUCCACUGAUAUUCACAACCUAACACUUGUACAGUUUGUUUUUGCUCUGAAUUUAUUUCUUCAGCAAGGGAGUUGAGUUAUUGAUGUUGAAUCUGACAGUCUCCCUGCAGUAGGAAGGGGAACAAGUGCAGUGUCAGAGAUGUGGCCAACCUUUGUUCCCAUGACUCUGAGCAAUCGCAGUACAUUCUUCCCUUCCAGUUUAGUUAA